ACAAACAUCACAGUGGCUGUCACUUCGUUCUAUUUCUUGAUUUGUUUUGAAAACCACAAAAAUAAAUAAACUGCAAACAGGAAGUCUACCAAAAGACGCCUGUACAUCUAAUAUAUCUAGCAAUCCAAUCAAAUAUUGGAUUCGCGUGUAAUAUAGAGGAGAUAAUGUGAAAACUUGAAUGUUUUGAGACGCAAAUCACAAAAAUGUCUUCAGCUCUUGAAAAUGAGGAUUUGGAGAAUGUGGCGCUCGUUAGAAUGGAGGACGUGCAGCCUUCGAGGGAUAGGAUAGACAGGACAAUAGAGAUACACAUUCCUCCUGCGACUGAGGAGGAUAUUUUCGAAGUUGGUCGCGAUGAUGUAUUGGAUUACAACCAUUUCAUUGAUGAAGAUAGUGAUUCAAAUAUCGGGAGUAUGGUGUCCGUGCACUCUGAGGAGUUGUGUGAUGAGGAGGACGAAGAUGGAUUCAGUGAUAGCGAAGAAGUUAUAGUUCCUGAGCUCUUGGAUCAUCCGAAAAUGAAGGAUCCUUUGAGAAUAAGAACAAUAUCCAAAUCAGACCAAACAGACAGUUGGCCAACACUGGAAAUACUACCAGGAGGUGUCAUAAAGAGUUCCAUAGACUGUGAAGUAUUUCCGACCAAAACGGAAACUAAACCGUCGUCGACCCAAGGGGAGAUGAUGUACGCUUGUGCCAAAUGCUCGCAAAUGUUCAAGUACCUUUUCUGUCUUGUCAAACAUGUGAAAUGGCAUGAGGACCAGAGCAAAGUUAUGGGUACUCCACAUUUAAGGAGAUUAAAUGGAUACAAACCCCAAGAAUAUAUCUGCCUACACACAGGUAAUAAAAAAAUAAUGUUACCAGAAACAAAUUGUAAAGGGAAAUUACCAAAGAGGUUAAAAUCAUAGUUACUUUUUUUAUUUACAAUAUGUUUAUGAUUGUUUUCAGGUUUUGUUUAGAUUUUAUUAUUUUCACAUAAAAGUUUUACUAAAUUGUUACGCCUGAGUACUCUAAAUCAGAAACAGUUUUAAAAUAAAACCUUCAUAAUCAUAUUAUGAUAUUAUCUGUCAAUUACAUGUAUCAGGCACUUCCACUUAUGGGAGGCCAUGUAAAACUGGUCCUAAAUAAAUUCUUUGUUUAUUUAAUAAAAUCUGUCACAGACAGGUGCUAUCAAGAGAAAUGUUUCCAAGUUGCUAAAAUGCUCUAACCAACAAGACAUAAAGUAGUGCCAAUACUCUUCGAUAAUAAAACACCUGUAGGACAGAGCUGAGCAUAAAAUAGACAGCUUUACGUCUGGAAAAAAUAUUUCUUUUUAACAAUAUGUAUGUCUAGUUUUUAAAAUAUGCAUGAAAUAUUUAUAGAUUUCAAUCGAAAUACAUCUUUAUUGAAUGUGUUUUUUAGAUUAUUCCGAAGUUAUACUAUAAACUUAGGCUGCGUUUCCACCUAUGUGCACCGAGGCGAGGUAAUGAAGCGAUUCUAUGGGUUCUUUACAAACACAUCUUUCGCUACGCAUCCUUGUACAUCUCUGGUGGAAAUGCAGCCUUAGUUUGGGAGCUAGAAGGCCAUUUAUUUUUAGUCCUCUGUCUCCAUUAUUGAGUAAGGAUAAAAUUACAUUAUUUCGUGUAUACAAGUAAAAAUAUCGAAUAUUUAAAAAGGCGAUUAGUUUAACAUUCAUUUGUGGAUUGAAACUGAAUGUUAUAUCAAGUUAUAUGUAUUACGUGUCAAACAUUUCAUAUAAUAAGUAUAUUUUGUGUUGUGAUAUGUACAGCUUGGCAAAAAAUAGUUGGGAAUAAUUGAGCUGACUAGUAUCGUACCUAUGGCAACCUUAUGGUAUGGGUUUUGAUAUUUGUUAGCUUCAUUGAGUUUAAAAAGAGAAGGUACUAUUUUCGGACGAUUGUUUAUUCAUGGGGUAUGGUCCGGAGUGGGUGAUUCAGUCCAAGUCAAUAUUAAUAUGCUAGCUAAGGAGGAGGCGGGACGCGUGAGGCAGCGAAGCGCUGCCUCCUCGCAACCCAGCCAUCGCGAAGGAC